GCAAAUCGGAUGCAUCUUUAACGAUUGCGAUUGCUACCUAAUCCCAUCAAAAUCAAUAACGUGGCCGUUGCUGACGGGUUUGGUUUGGUUUGGUAACAUACCAGAGAGUAAGACGGCAUUUUAGAUUUGGUCGAUUGCAAGGUUUCAUCUGGUCGAAAAGUGAUCAGUAUCUUGUCUAAUCAGAAUUAGAAGUUGGAAAAUGAACAGGUCAUCUUGAUCGUCUUCUGAUGCUAUGGCUAAUUUGUGAGGAAUUCUCUUUCCUUACCUAUAUUAUAUCGAAGAGGCCCCGUCCGCGUAUGCUCCCUUCACAUCCACAAUCGUUUCCCGACAUUAUUUGGGCCGAUACCCAGCCAUACCAAAGGAAAAAUGUCGCUUUUUGGUAUCAACAGUCCCUCUCUAGAGCUGGCAGAUUCCUUGAGAAAACUUUAUCGCAGCGAAGAAUACUCUGAUCUUAUUAUUACCUGUCGUGGGAAGCAGUAUAAAGUACACAAGGCCGUUGUUUGCCCGCGAUCCGAGUUCUUUGCUACGGCUUGUCGUGGUAAUUUCAAGGAGGCACGCGAUGGGAGGAUUGACCUCCCAGAAGAUGAUCCCGCGAUUGUUGAGAAAAUGAUCUUUUAUCUCUAUAACCUAGAUUAUACCACAUCUCAGACGACCACUCCGAGCCUUGUCGUCCAUGCUAGAGUCUACGCGCUAGCGGAGAAAUAUCUCAUCGGUGGUCUCAAAGCCACAGCCCUAACAAAGUUCAGAGCUAUAGUCGAUAACAUUUCGAGUUCGAGCGACGAGCAGCGCCUUGAUUUCGCUAAAGCUGCUCGAGAGGUCUACACAUCUACCGUAGACGUCGAUACUGGGCUAAGAGAUGUCAUAUUGGAAACACUUCAUAAGAAUCCAAAGUUCUUGGAUCAAAAAGAAUGCCGAAGUAUUCUGAAGGAAUUGCCCACUCUGACCUACGACCUUCUUAUGCGGGUACGAGAAAAUGGAUACUGGCCCAAGCAACCAAUUGAGGAGCCUUUGAAAACAUCAAGUUUAUUUGGUGGGGUGGGCUCAAAAUCAUCACAGGGGGGGUUAUUCGGUGGUGGUCCGUCUUCGAGAUAUGAACAACCAUCAUCGUCUUUGUUUGUUCAGGCACCUUCAAGAUCCGCGUUUGGUACGACAACCUCCGGUAGUUCUAGCUUCGGAAACUUCCCGAGCUAGAAUGUACUCUAUCUUGACAGUGUAUGUUCUUAUUCAACGGCAAGGUGCCCACAAACAUGCCUGAACGCAGGGCCUUAGUGGCCUCACCACUAUAGCUUAAUUAACCUCGUCUCUUGGAAAAAAUGAAUAAUCUAAAAUAAAGUUUGUUAACCUACUUUAAAGAUGACCUCAAAAUAUAUAUGCGUUGGAUUAGGUAGGUAUGGGUUGAUAUAGAGAGGUCAAUGAUAAUAAUUAAGAUACUUUGAUAUGUGCCCCUGAAUUAAACUAUUAAAUAUUAAAC